AGGAGAGGUUGUCUGCUCAGGAAAUGGCAGGCACACGCCUUUAAUCUAACGUGCAUCGCUACUGCAAAUAAACCAACUCAUUUCAACUGUGUAUUAAACCCGUAAUUGUACAGGUCCCGCCCCUUUAAGCACUCUACGUAAGUGGGUUAGUUGGAGCGUGCUUUUCUCCACUACCAGCUUUUCAUCCCUGCGCUUGGUUCUGGGUUGUGACUUUGUGACUUGUGACAAUUCUUUUCUCCUCAUUUUAAUAAAUGAGGUUCUAAACUAGGACUCUUUCUCUGUCUGUGUGUUAGGGUUAUCCAGCUAACCGCAGGCUCAUUCUUCCUCUCUCUCUCUCUCUCUCUGUGUGUGACUAUGGAAGGUGGACUUUCCAUUCUUAACUGUCUCUUGCAGCAAACAUUGAGGAGCCUUUGUACGUGUUCAGAUUCUUCUAAUUCUUCCAAAUGGGUUUAUGCUGUCUUUUGGAGGAUACUACCUAGGAAUUACCCUCCACCAAAGUGGGAUUAUGGAGGUACUGCCCUUGAUCGUUCCAAAGGAAACAAAAGAAACUGGAUCCUUGUUUGGGAGGAUGGGUUUUGUGAUUUCUAUGAAUGCGAGAGACCAGGAAGUGGGUACAUGAAGGGAAAGUUUGGAGCAGAUGUUUUCUUUAAAAUGUCUCAUGAGGUCUAUAAUUAUGGAGAAGGGUUAGUAGGAAAAGUUGCAGCAGAUAACAGUCACAAAUGGGUGUUCAGAGAAACCCCAAGUGAGAGUGAUCCAAACUUCAUUUCCUCGUGGAAUAUGUCCAUUGAACCUCAACCGAAAGCAUGGGAAAUUCAGUUCAAUUCGGGCAUUCAGACAAUAGCCAUUAUUGCAGUCAGGGAAGGCAUCAUUCAGUUGGGUUCAUUUGAUAAGAUAGUAGAAGAUCUCAAUCUGGUGAUUAAUGUACAGAGGAAAUUCAGCUAUCUCCAGAGCUUACCAGGAGUCUUUGCUGUACAAAGACCAUACCUACCAACCCAAGAUCCGUACAUUCUGAAGCCCAAUACUCGGAUGAUAGAAAGCCAAGAAACAGCUUUCUCAAUUGACGAUAAACGCCAAAUAACUGGAGUAAAGAGAUUGUUCGAUGAAAGGUUCCAUGACUCUGCUAUCAAGUCCAUCAACUUAGGUUGGAACAGUCCACAAAAUGGCAUUGGAGGACCACCCAUUUGGUCAAUUCCACCUCUUUUGCCCACCAUGUCAUGCAGCCUUGGAGCUUUGCUAUCAAAGCUACCCACUGUCAUCCCAUCCUAUGGUACCACCGGAGCCGUUGAUACAACUCUGCUUAACAGCAAUAAUAAUUACAGUACAAGCCAGACAGCCAAGGUUAAUAAUUGUGGCCUAGUAAGUGAAGGACAACUUGCUAAUACAGAAGUUGAGUCCUUUUGCCAAUUAGAUGGAGGAAAACCUAGUUUUAUAAACCCUAAUUCAGAGUUAGAAAACAGGCAGUUGGCUUUGGACACUCUAGCAAGAAAGAAACUACACUAAACCUCAGUUAAUUUGGAGCAACAAAUUGCAUUUAUUAUUGGCUUUUGGGUUGUUGGAUCAUAGUUCUGACCUCAAGACAUUUGCUUAUUUAUAUACCUUAUAAAAUUAAUAAUAAAAUGUCUAUUAACGUA